GCGGCGCUGGAGCGGCCAUGAAGGCGGGAGCUACUUCCAUGUGGGCUUCCUGCUGCGGGCUGCUGAAUGAAGUCAUGGGUACUGGAGCUGUUCGUGGUCAGCAGGCUGGCUUYGGCGGGGGGACCGGCCCGUUCAGGUUUGCCCCAAACACAGACUUUGCAGCAUACCCAUCUCCAGCUGCUGGAGGAGCAAACAUAGUUUGCAAAGCCUGUGGACUUUCCUUUUCCGUUUUUAGGAAAAAACACGUGUGUUGUGACUGCAAGAAGGAUUUUUGCUCAGUUUGUUCAGUCUCCCAAGAAAAUCUCCGAAGAUGUUCUACAUGUCACUUACUACAAGAAACGGCGUUUCAGCGACCUCUGUUAAUGAGACUGAAAGUAAAGGAUCUGCGUCAGUAUCUGAUCCUCAGAAACAUCCCCACAGAUACUUGUAGGGAGAAGGAAGACUUGGUGGAUCUCGUGCUGUGCCAUCAUGGAUUAGGUUCCGAGGAGGAUAYGGACGCUGGUAGUUUGCAUUCUUCACGGUCACAGACUUCUGCUUUUUUUACUCAUCCAUUUUCUAUGUCUGUAUCAGUGUCUUCUCAAGGAGAACUUGCAAACAGAAGAGGAAGCACGGGAAAUGAAACACCUUUACGGGUACAAUUAUUCAAAUGUGUUUUAUGAUUAUAAGAAGAAGAAGAAGAAAGUGCAGAGGAGCAGACCCCUGGGCUGUCCAGAAAGCGAACGAGGGCGUCGUUGUCUGACAUUUCAAGCCCGGAAGACAUUGAAGGGUUGAGUGUUCGGCAGCUGAAGGAAAUACUUGCAUGUAAUUUUGUCAACUAUUCAGGGUGCUGUGAAAAAUGGGAACUUGUGGAGAAAGUGAGCAGACUAUACAGAGAGAGUGAGGAAAACAACAAGACRCAGGGGGAGAAGAUGCAGCUGAACGACAACGACGACAACCUGUGUCGGAUCUGCAUGGACGCCGUGAUCGACUGCGUCCUGCUGGAGUGCGGCCACAUGGUCACGUGCACCAAGUGCGGCAAGAGGAUGAGCGAGUGCCCCAUCUGCCGCCAGUACGUGGUGCGGGCAGUGCACGUGUUUAAAUCCUAGGGGCAGGCCCGCGCUGGGUUCGGCUUCCGGGAUUUCUGCGAGCGGGAAUACUGAAGCUGGGGGCAGGGGCAGAUUUUAGUUCUCAGAAUAAAGCAUAACAUGUGGAACAUCUGGAAGCAGAGGCGUUGGUGAAUGACUUUUCUAUGGUGUACUUAAACUGGCAGUUGGGCAGUAUGAGGCCCCUGUGUACAGUAAUAGAGCUGCCUGACUUACCUUAUAAAACCACAAACUGUUCAAGUCAAACUGUUUACAGCUGACCUAAAGUCACUUCUUGCUCUCUUCUGAAGAAUAUCACCUCUAAUUACUGCAUUAAGGAUUUGAGAAAUGGUCAGGAGAACACCUUUACUGGACCGUGCUGUUAGACUAUUACACUGUCUAGUGCAUUAGAAGCAAUGAAUUUAUCGRUUGUAUAUUCAGCUUUUAUGUAAUUAAAUAGAGAAUGUAACUGUUCUGACACUGUUUCUGCAACAGCGUUAACAGUCUAUAAAAUAAGAUUGUAGAAAGCACUGCCAUUAACUGUACCUGCACAGCAGUUCCUAGGCAAUCUAUUUUUAUGCUGAUUGCUCCAUUCUAAAUGUCUGUCAUUACCUGUGUAUCCUCUUGGCCCUUCUUUGUAAAUGUGCAACAAGUGCAGUCAUCCUGCAGGGCUCUCUUGGGGUGUCCAAAUGCACCUAUGA